GUCAGAUUUAUAUGUUUUAUUUUAGCUGCUGUAACAUUUACAAAAUCAUAUCAAGGACGGACCAUAAAGAGCAAAGUUGGUUUAUCUGUCAACUUCACAUGGACAUUUUCUGGAGAUGUGGGCGCAGUUGAUUGGGGAAUAAAGAGAGCUGGUGUGACUAAUGAUUUUAAAUCAAAUGGAAAAAUAUUGUCCUUAAACAAAAAUGGUGCGCAAACGUUUUUAAAUCCCGGAUAUGUUAGUCGUGUUACUGGAAGUCGUAGUGGAAACUUGAAGUCUGGUGAAGUCUUCUUUUCCCUUAAUGCCAUUAGCAAACAAGAUGCAAACUAUUACCUGUGCAUUAUAAGAGCAGGUUUUGGGCUUUCCGAUCUGUAUGAUGACGUGCGGUUGAUUGUUGAAGGUAUUGUUAAUAUAAGGUCAGUUAUUAUCAAUAGCAUAAAAUCGUUUCACUAUAGUAAAGGUGUAUCGUGAUGACGUGUAGAAAAUCUUCUAAUUUAAUAAGUGAGCUGAGCGUCAUUGGGGCAUCUUAAAAUAACCAACAGUGGCGUUCAUUAAUAUGUAGACUUAUAGCUAGCAAUAUCGAAAAGCGAAAUAAAUUCACAUAAUCUACUUCAAUCACAGCAACUGAUGGCAAACUUUGAUAUGAAUGGAAAGACACAGGUUGUUUAUCAUUAUUACUUAUUACUCACAAAGUUUUGUAUCAUUAAAUGCGUAUUCACCAAGUGUUCGGUCUUGGCUGGAUAUUGCUCCCAGUUUUUUUUUUUGCGUUUUUAUAAUUGCCCUAGACGAAGUCGAGGUUGAAAGAAAUGCAAAAUAAAGAACGGGGCCAGUAUUUAACGAUUAUUAUACAUUGCACUCAUUAUCCGACUUCUCAGUGGCUAAGAGCCUACAGCUUAUUUUGGAAAUCAGCACAACCUACAGAUUAGUCAGGUUGACUAAUCUGACUAUAUCAAUUCAGGUUCCUUGCGAUGGUGUGUUUGUCGUCAUCGCUUUUCUUUCAAUGUACAAUAAAAAAAAUUGUUAUAUUCAGCUUUUCUGAUAUCCUGAAUAAUCAAGUUCUCGGUAAGUGUUAUCAGCCUCGGCCUUCGGCUCAGCUGAUAACACGUACCUCGACCUUGUGUAUUCUGUUUUUGCUGUUCUUGCUAUGUUUUUAGCCAACAGUUCGCCUUUUUGUUCCUGGCGAAACGGGUGAAAUGUUCUGGGAAGAAAGACCAACUAGUAAAUGAAGCGUACUCGUUCCCGAAUGGACAAAUUCAAUAAUAACAUCAUUUUGUUGAUUUACAAGUUUGAUGAGUAGAUGUCAAAAUUCUCAGUCGAACUCACAAGAGCGGCAAAAAGCUGCUCAAGCUUCUAAAAUAGAACUCAAAUCAAAAAGAAGUCGAGAAAAAGGCAACAAAAAAGGCUUCGCCGUCACUCAGCCUAUUCAGUAUUACUCACACAGACCCUUGAUCGCUUGGUCCGGAGUGUUGUUGGUUUCAGUGCUGCAAAGCUACUCUAACAGCUGAAUGUUGAAUGUGUAGCUUUUGAAGCUGCCAAUCGCUGCAACCGCAAAGAAAUCAGAUCCCCUCUGCACUUGAGCAGACUGAUCAUUUGUGACUUAUGCGGUGGAAGAGUAGAGAUGUUUCUGUUCGAGUGGAAAUUUGGUUGAGCGGCUCCGAGUCAGCGCAAGCGACAUUCGCCGUUGAUGAUCAUACGAGGCCGAUUCGAAGGAAACGAUACUUUCUGAUCUUCGGUGACCAAAAUUCUCUGCAACUUUUGCGUCAAGAAGGCGUGAAAUGUACGUUUUUCGCCCCGGGUGGUUGGAGACUCUGCACUACAACCCUGCAUUUUCUCGGCAAAUUCUUUGUAGAUUUUAAUCGGACAACGUUUAUUUCCAGUUGCUUUCGCGGUGGGAUGAAAAGAGCGAACACUGUAGGGUAUGCCUUGGCCUUGACGGGUUCUGAACCCUCAUUCAUGUUUCCACAUAGGAAUAUCGUCGUCUCUUUCUCUGUCUCGCGUCAAAGCAACGUCUUCACACUUCAGCCCGCGAGCACGAAAGCCAAAGCAGAGGGCAAGUAUCCACCAUAUGGUAAGUUAAAGGAUCUUCGGUUUUGACGUGCUAAAUUCUCUGCAAGCAAAACGUUUGUCUUUUUCUGCCUUUGUUAACUCACGGGCCGUGGUUGUGAUUUUAUUCCUUGGCCGACGUCUACCAGAAGUCGUCUUUGCUUGGCACUUAAGAGGCUGUCCGCGUAAGAACCGAUAAGGAAAAUUUUGGUCUAUCACGGAUUGCCCUGAUUUUUUCAGUGGAAGAUAACUAUCCUAUCCCAUGAAGAAAUAUCACAUUUAUUUGGACCAAACCAUUUUUUUCUCUAUUUUACAGAAAGAUUUUCUAGGUCACCUAAAACCAGCCAGUUUGCCGUCGGAAGUGGUGCGAUUUUGGUGAAACUUUAGGGCUCUUGAAAACUUACCUUACAGAGCCGAAUAAGCUGAUUAUUUUACACACAAAAGUUUUAACUCUGGUUAAUAGUUUCAAGGUUUAAUGGUUGCAUUCUGUAAAAAGUUGGCUGAGAUAUGAUUUUUUUAAAAUGACCUUCAAUUUGCUCAGAAGGAAAAGUAAUUUGCAUAACUAGAGCUGAACGGUAAUUUCGCAAAAGUGGCACCUGACCCAGAAGCAAGUCUAUGAUAAAACAGAAGUACUAGGACCAGUCUACUUCUUAAUGCAAUAAAAUUUGUGGGCACUCUUCUUUGAAUGCCGUGCAAAGUUCUGUUAAUGUUCCAAAAUUCGCCAUUUUGACAGCAAAGCUGGAAUUGUAACGGUCUGCAUCGGAUCGACUAAUUUCCACAGCUUUAACGUUUCUAGUUAUCAGCAAAUGUCAUUAGACCCUUUAAAUGUUGGACUUUCGAAAACAUGUGGAGAAAACUUAGUAAUCGCUUUUUCUUGUUUUUUUUUUUCUUGUCGACGAUGAACGUGACUUCAUUCUCCGUAUGCAAAUUAGCCUUAGAUAACUUGACAUGAAACAUAAUCCUUACAUUUCACAUUUCUAAGGAGAAACAUAACUCUCCUUUCCACAGAAAGACACGAAGUAUCACUUCGAAUCCCCUGAGGUCUGUUUUUUUUUUUAGCGAGGAAGAAGCAGCUGAAUAAUAUAUCAUAAUAAAUGUUUGCGUGGCUUAAAAUAAUUCAAUUACUGCGGCUUGUCACGCAUUCCUAAAGAGGGACGGUCGAUUAGAAAACAAUAGCGUUGUAUCGAUCAAUUUUAUUAUAUUAUCAUCAUUUUUUAUAAAUGAUAGUUAUUGAUAACAAUAAAACAUCGCGCAGAAUGCCUAUUGUUCUCGGGACAUUUACUUCCAGUUCAACAAAGUUUGUAGAUCUGUCAUAUCAUGCGUGGACGCUAUGAAAGCGCCUCGACGAUUGGUUGCCUUGAACGCACUCGGAUGCUCAUAUGAUAUGAUGUAGGUGGCAAACUAAACAAAGGGGACAGUUCGCUAUUGUUUCUCCUUUUAUUCGCAAAUCGCAAAUAUGCGCAUAUUUCGCAGCCACCUUUUAAAAACUCGCUUUUGCUUUAUUGUAUUGGCAGUUCAUUCGGUAAAAAAAGUUAAACCACAGCCGAACGAAUGAGGAAAUGUCGAAUUAUCUUUGCGCGAGCGAGAUCUUGAUUGUGUCGUAAAUAAACUACCCUCCUAGCAGAGUCGCUUCGAUAUUUCCUUUGUCAUAGAAAAACAAAUAGCUACCGCUUCAAUUUCAUGCGGGAAUUUUGAGAAAAUUAUAGAUUGAACGUUCAGUUUCGAAAAUUGCAAAAUGUACCCAGAUUCGAGAUGGAUUUUGUUUUGGAUUUAACCACGUACUUAGCCGAUUUUAUUGCGUGAACGGAUUCACAAUCCAGUAAGUGUUACGCGAAGUUUUUGGAAGGAUAAACAAAUGGGUUUUGAAUAAAAAUAAUAAUAUUUAAGAAACAAUAUCUAUGCUUACUCUACUGUGUUUGCGAUAACCGUAAUUCAAAACAAGAUCAUGCGGCUACAGAAUCCAUGUUGCAUUUAAGUGAUCGAUGCCUUUACAGCUGUUUGUGGAUAACACCCGACUUGCGAUGCCAAAAACGUCUUUGGAUUUUGUGUUUUUCUUCGACGUCAAUCAAAAUCUGAAGAAGCGGCGCUUUCUUCGCUUUCUCGCCUUUUAUACAUCUUAGCGAACCUCUUAGGAAACAAAAGGUCGUCGUUCGUGAUUUGUGAUUGGUGGAUUUCGAUCCGUUUUGUGUGUCUCUGUGUUUCAAGGUUAGAUGCUUUUGUUUUUGAAAAGCACCGUAAGUUUUACCUUAGCUCUAAGAUUUUUUUUAUCUUUUUUACACUGAAACAUGGCAAGUUUAGAUUCCAAAGGUGAAAUUGUUCCUAUAAAGCUUCCAAAUGCAGAGGAAACACAGCUACGGAAGGGUAAAAACGAACCGGUACGUUCCCGCUGACAUUUACAUUUGCUGACAAACACAGUGGAUGCUACGGUAACGGUUUGAUUGACGUCGCAGAAAAAUUUGAAUUUGGAGCAUGCUCAAUAUGAAUUGUUGACGAUGUCGGCAGGGGUUCCUUCCUCUUUCCGACUUAUCUAGGAAGAUCGAAGGAGACUCUGUUCUCAGGGUAUAAAUAAACACACUGCAUUGAGUGUUUAGCGCACAGAAGCCGACGCUCAGUGUAACGGUCUGUAAUGUUUUGCUUCUGUAUUUAAAAGGUUUUUAGCUCUUAUGCAAACCAAAACGGCGGGUAAGUAAGUUUACAUUCCUUAACAGAGCUCAAACAGACUAAGUAGCAAUCAUAAGAAAAGCCCGGGGGUACUCCCUAAUAUGGGCUAUAUAGGUAUGUGCGGCCCCAAAGGGUAGGGUUUUUCAGCCGUUUUGGUCAUAAAUUGGGUAUCGAUUUUGGCUAUUUUGCCGCCAUUUUGGUCAUAAAUAGGGUAACGAUUUUUACACUGUAGUCUUGAAUGCACUUUUUUAGAAGAAGCUACUUCCUUAUCAUGUCCCCCUAACCUAAUAAAAGCAAAUAAACAUUGCCUUUAACAUUGGUCUGAACUAGGGAAAUAAUUAUAAGGCAGGUCUGAAACAGGGUAUUGAUUUAAGGGUCAGGUCAUAAAUAGGGUAUCAAAUUUUUGGUUUGGUCAUAAAUAGGGUAGGGAAAAUCGCAGAUUUUGGUCAUAAAUAGGGUAAGGGUUUUGGGAUGCGGGCCGCACACCCCCACCCAAUUUUUCUGCGAGUACCCCCCCCGGGAAGAAAAGUCGACACAGGCGAUUCAGGGUACGCAUGGCGAAUUUUAGUUGUAUUAGUCUUGACAACCAUUGUUAUUCACUCUUGGGCUUGAGACAAUAGGCCGCUUGCUUGAGACAGGCUAUUUUCGAACACAACUCGUACCAGACGUUUUCAACGUGAAAGGGAUAGUGGUUCUACUCAACCGAUUUUCAAAAUUAAAGCGGAUUCUGUUCGAGAAAAGGUCCAUCUUUCAUUUGCCGCGCGUAGGUUUUUAAAACGCAGCGUAAAUUUUCAGAAAUUUUCUUUCGACAAUGGACUCCAUACUAAAAAAGACCGUUUUUAGGAUUUGGCUUUUGGAAAGCGGGAAAGCAAGUUUUAUCAGCGCAACCUCACUAAUUUGAACCCUUUCUUCUCUUAUUGUGAGCUUUUCUUAGCCAGCCAGCAUUCAAAUUUGCCGCUUCGCUGAUUAUGCAUAAUAAUUGUGUCCCUGCAUUCUGCGCGAUGAAAUAAGAGUUAACAUGGUUAACUUGCAAGGUAAGUCCUCUUGUCAGCACAAUAAAAUUUGUGCGCACUCUUUUUUGCUUAUCAGAUCUUUGUACACGGCACUAUGAUAAAAAAAAAAUGCCCCACACUUUUUCUAUCUUAAAUUUUUUUUUUUUAAGAGAAAAUCCAUCUAUAGCUUUGCAAAAGGCAAAUUAGCUGUAAAUUUCAGUUUCAUUCAAAGGUCUUUAAAACGUUUAUCGGUAGCAGAAUGAAACGGGAAAAACAGUUUCUUUUUUCGGUGAAUAUACGCAAAAGGGAUUAUCUCAGUUUUUAGUUUUUGUUAGGGUAUAACAUCCGUAUUCCCAAGAUGAUCUUGUUUUGGUUUCAAUCUAAUUGAAUUAUAAUGCAACAGGUGCCAGUUUCAAAUAUAAUUAUGUUAAUGAAAUCGCCGAAGAGAUUAAUUGUGAAAAAUGGAUUAUCUAUUUCAUAUGAUCAAGCUGUUCUUUCCGAGAGAUCGUCAAGACAGAGUGUGGUCCCAUUAGGGGUGUGGAGGAAAAUGUGUUGGUCGCACAGUGCAUGAAUGAUAUUACGUCGCACUUAGCCAGCUGUCACUUGUCUAAGCGUAGCAAAGUCAAUGACUGAAUGAACUCAUUUUAGCGAGAGUAGAGGUUUAGUAGGUAUUCGGAACUGAAAUGACAAUCUGCCCAAGGCACAGACACUAAAUAGCCUGUGUACAGACCUCCCUCCCCUUAGGAAAAAUCGGUGAAGGGGCUCCUUCUCCUAAGGGGUGGGGGGCGGUGUGUACACAGGCUAACACUAAAAUGACAAUCUGCCCAAGGCACAGACACCUUCUUGGCAGGUUUUUUGCGAGCGCCAAGGUCUUGUUAGGUUCGAUUGUAAGCCGCUGUGCGGGAAAAUGAGCCCCCAAGGGACCGGGAAAUGGCGGAAAUCGAGCCUAAGGUCUUGUCAAUACCCCGGUCACACUCUGGAUCAUACUAGCAAAAUAACUACUGUGGCAGGAAGACAUGUCGUGAAUUUCCAGAUAGCCAGCGAAAUAAGUCAAAGUUUUGCUCCAUCAUGUAAAUAUCAUUCUUUUUUCUUCUUCAUGCAAAAAAUUUCUAAACGUCCAGAGAUAUUCUAAUUUCUCUAUUUAACAUUUAUCUUGCGAUGUUUUCUGAUGCUCGUUUCCAAUUUAUUUGAGCUUGCAAAGAUAGCUUAUUUAUUUCUAUUUUUUGACAGCCGUGUAUCUUGCCCUAAUCAGUUCUUACCUUUAAAAUACUAUACAUAAAGGUUGAUCCGUGUGUUGUAAAAGAUAGUUUUCUGGUGAUUGUUUGAAGAGCAUUAUAAAUGGGAAUAAAAGAAAGAACUUUCUACACGGAGUCAGGAUUCAACCUCGUCCCCAAAGCUUUCCCUUCCCUGCCAUUUUCUAAGAGGAAAGUCCUGGGGACGUGUAUGAAAAGUAUUUCAUUCUUGCGUAAUUUUUUUUUUAACUUAAACAGUGUUUAAAACAUGUCUCUGGUUUUGUAAAAAAUUAAGGAGACUUAAAAGUACCAGAAUGUUCAGUUCAACUUUAUAUAGCCGAUUUGCUCCCCCUGUCGCAAGAAACGUGAAAAAACUUGACGCCAAAGGGUCGAGAAGAAUACGAUUGAGCAGUCAGGAACCAUGUCCACACCUUUGCCGGAGAGGUUUAUUGGACAAGAUUUCUCUGUUUUUCUUGUUUUGAUAACGUUUCAUUAAGUCUUCAAAGAUUGCUUUUUUUUUUGUAUUUAUAUCCUCUUGGACAAUGUGCUCCAUCAAAGUUCUCUCUCAUCUCUCCAUCUUUAACCUACUUUACCAUCCACCCUCUCUACCCCCGGUUCCACCUCUACUUUUACAAGCAUUUAUACUUAAAGGGGUGAGAUUUCUCCUCGCUAUAUUAAUUUCAGAAAAAUUAAGUCCUUCUACUUUUCCCUUAAAUUCUUAAACUUAGUUCUUUUUUCUUUAAGAACCGACAAAGAUGCUGCUAAGGCUGCAAUAAGCGCACUCGCUCUUUGAUAUACUUUAACUAGUGAAAUGCCUACCCUUUCAUAUACCUGAAGCCUGAAAAAGGUACCCCUUUCGGGCGGAGCCUCCCCGUAUAGGCCAUCAUAAGUGGGAGUUCCCCCCACCCCCGUUCCAAAUCCGUGCUCACCUUUGCCAGCCCAUGUUGGACUCUAGGCCCAUUUGGGUCAACACCUAAUCAUAGUCCCAAGUGUAAUUAAAAUAAAGCGAUGGACGAAAUAACCAAUGUCAUGAACUUGAACGCUCGAAUCCAAGUACUCUUGUUAUCUCAAAAAGGUAUCACUCUCGAUAAUUUUUGAGGCUUUAAUGUCAGCUAUAAUUCUUGCUUUUUUUAAAAAUUUUGAUCUGCAUAUCACUAUCCAUGACAAUUUUACGGCAAACGACUCUUAAGAGCUGGGCCCAGCAUUAGAAAAGAAAAAAAAGCUGGAAAUCAUUACAUUCACGGACAAAACAACUAGUGAACAUCAUUACAUACUGAUGAAGUAAUUCAGAUCCACGCAUUCCAAAGAAAACUAGUGAGGCUAAAGGCUUUAUUAACCCUCGCACGUACAAAGGUCAUUUAAUAUCAGUUACUACCAUCAAGUAACUCCUGUAUUAUGUUAAAUUAAGCUUUCCAAAACAUCUGAUGUGUAUUCUGGUUGAUUAUCCUGUUGCACACACAUGUACUGUAUACAUAAAUUUUAAUCAAUGAGGUUAUGUCUCUCGGUAAAAUAGACUAGGAUGAGCCCAGUAAGGAUAAUGCAGAUGUAGAUCUGUUUUGCUCAAAAAACUAACUAGACGUCAGGAUUCAAACUUCUCGCCUUUCUACAUGAAAACCGGCUUGUAGAUCAUAUUUAUGUAAAGUGAAUAAAGCCUUAACAACUAAAUUCAAAAGAAAAAAAAAUAACAUAGUGUGAACAGACAUUCUGUAAACUAAAAUCAGAAUUGCGAUAAUCUUCGUGAAGGCCACUAGUGUAAAACAUCAACAAGCUAUUGUCAUACUCUUUAUGAGGAAAGCUUAAUGGGGUUGAGCUGGCCUCGCCCGGUAACUUGGAGGGAUGGCUGGCUUUGCCGAGAGCUCGACACAUUAAUCCCAAAGGCAACAAAUGAUUACCUGACAUCCAAGCUGGCCUGGGUAGCUGGGAUACCGAGAUAAAAGCCUGCUCUUUAUUGCUCAUCUUCAAUUAGAGGCUUGAGAUCUACUUACAAUUUUCUUCCUUUCUCCCCUCAUGUGUUGUUUUACUUCAGUGAGAUCUGAAAGUCCGUGAAAGUUUCAGUUGUUUCCUGACUUUUUGAAUUUACUUUUUGAUAAAUAUAUAAUCUGGCUAAACAAAUUCAAACUCUUGACGUGGCCCAUAUCUUGAAAAAUGAUUGACCUUAGAUAAUGCCACCGCCGGCAAAGAUUCUGCACGUGUUCGCGCCCGCGGAGCAAGAGGCAUCGCUCGUUUUGCAUCGCUCGUUCAGUUCUCUUACAUCACGUCAACGGGCAUGGGAAAGUGAGGCACCAACAUAGAUCGUCCCGAUAAAAGGGGCAAGAAAAAAUACAAAAUAUUUCUUCAACACAGUUUUCUUCUAAAGAUCACAGUAUUACAAAUUUUACGCCAGCUCAGUAAGCAACGUUGUUGUCGUCGUUGUCCUUGUACUGAUCUGCAAUGCAAUAUAUUAUUUCUAAAGUUUGGCCUUUUAAUUUGCCUCAUUUUGCAGAGAUACCGAUUAUGACUCAUCCUGAAUCAGGCAAGGCAACUUACCGUGAAAGCGAGGCUGUUAGUAUCAGCUGUAAAACCUGUGGUAAACCAGUCCUAUAUGUCAGCUGGAUUCAUAAUGGAAGAGUGAAGAAUUCUGGCUCUAAAACAGCUACACUAAAUUUUAGCUCAAUCAACAAAGCAGAUGCAGGAUCGUAUACAUGCAAAGCGAACAACUCCGCUGGGAUUACAGAAAAGCAACUAAUACUGCUAGUAAACUGUAAGUAUCCUAUGACACACUCAUUCGUCUAGUUUAUUAUUUGAUUACGAUAAAGUUAUAAUUUCCAUUCUGCCAAGAAAUCAUCAGCUUAAUAUUUGACAACUAUUCUUUGAGAUAGAGGUGAAUAGUGGCGAAUAUUUCGCGACGAAGUAGAUAUUCCUUAGGCCGAUUGAAAAUAAUAAUUGUUUUAGUAUAUACACACGAAUUGAUCUCAACAGAAUCAGACAGGGAAUCAUUAGCGUUCGUUUGACGGGUUAAUGUUAAUUCAAUGAGUGAACAUGCUAGCCGUAAACAAGAAGAGAUAGGCAAAAGUUAGACUUUUUACAGUAUUGUCAACACGACAAUACAGAGAUUCUAUCCUUCCAUCCUUUUGAAAGCUAUCGCAUUAGCGGGUUAAAAGGAAUCGUCGAAAGUUUCAAUUAGUACCUCAUCUGAGAAGAAAUAUAGAAAUUUACGAUUCUGUCAACACACCAAUGUUAAAUGUUUUUGAACUAGUCCGACUCCAGAAGUUCAUUUCAUCUUUUAUCUAUUUACAGCUCUGGUGUUACCAUUGAGCACUCUUAUAGCAGAUGAAGUCUUCAUUAAAUCUACUUAUAGUUAUAUAUAUAUAUAUAUAUAUAUAUAUAUAUAUAUAUAUAUAUGAAACUUACGUCGGACUGGCAACAAACUUUAAGGAACGUUACAGAAACCAUCAGUCCUCCUUUCGACGCUCAAACAGAAGAAAUGAAACGGAACUAUCAAAAUAUAUUUGGACUUUACAAGACUCUAACAAACCUUUCCAGAUAAAAUGGAAAGUUUUAAAGAAAUGUAAAGCUUAUAGCAACAUAGCAAAAAAUGUAAUCUUUGUCUUUAUGAAAAGUUUAUCAUCAUUUGUAAAAAAGAGCUUUGUAGCCUAAACAGGCGAAACGAACUAGCAAGUUCAUGCCCCCACAGAAACAGAUAUGUACUUCAGAACUCUAGAGUAACGUAACUAAGACACAAUCCAUCUGUUACCUAGAUACUAUCUCUUAACGCAUCCCUAUAUUUACUGCCAGCUUUUAAUUUUAACGGUCAAUCGUUGAAGUUGCCUGAUGAGUGUGGUCCUACAAUUUCGGACCAUACGAAACAGCACUGUCGCAAUAAACGAUCAAUGAUUACUCCUGAAGCCUGAACUCCUGUGAUUAUUAAUAAUCAAUGCUCUUCAAUUAAAUGGAUUGAGCGCUCUACGGAAUACGUUCUACCCAGAAUACAAAUAUAUAUAUAUAUAUAUAUAUAUAUAUAUAUAUAUAUAUAUAUAUAUAUAAUUUAACUUGGAUUUCUAGGGAAAAAAAGUCUUGUUAGGAAAUCCUGAUCUGAGUUCACAAUCCGGUUUCGUUCUCCUCUGCAGUUGACUUUAAACAUGGCUUCGACCUUUAAAAAAUAAAUCACGCUGUUAACUCUUUGAAGUAUUUUCUUACCUUCAAAAUCAUAACGCUAGGAUUUUCUUUUAUGUUCAAAUAGUUCUCACUCUAAAACUUUGGCAAAACACCCCGGCAAAAAACCGAGAUUACGACAGCGAUUUUGUUUUGCUUAUAUUCACCACAUCAUAGUCCGAGAACCAAUCAGAUUGCUUAAAACGCCAGAAACACUCAUUCUGUAUACACCUACUUCAAUUAAGGUUGCUCCCAUGAACCAUGUUUCAUAGCCUGCAGUGCACUAUGUGACUAUGGCAAACCCUUUUGUAGCGGGAAGUUUAGUCUUGUUCACGUUCAUUAAAAUAAUGAAGACCAUUUGUGAGAAGGCGUUCAAGAGAGCUUUCAAGUCAAAUGCCUGCUAAAAUUCUUAAGCAUGAGCAAGCUGAAAAAUUUCAUUUAUAAAAUCUCAUACUAAAGAAUUAGAAGCCUCUUCAUUUAACAACAUCAAAUGAAAAGGGUUUUACCUCUUACGUUUUUGCGUGGGCCAGAAGCUGGUUAUUUCAAUAAAGCAAAUCAACGCUAUUCUUUUUUUAUUCAGUUUUGUAAAAAAAUGCCUCAAAAAUAGGUAAACACGUAAUGUUAAGUUAUUUGUUGUAGUUCAACAAACGCCUUUAAUUUGAUUUUUUUUACUCCAUCCAAAAUUCCCACGUGCACGAGCCAAGCAAACUCUUUGAAAAUUUGCAGUAUUUGCAUAUGGUCACAGAGAAAAACCUAACUUCAAAUCACUGUCUUAAAUUUGAAAGCCUAGGAUUCAGUGUUUUGAAAUACAUUGUCUUAACGUUCUGCUGAGCAUAAAAGCGUCAGGAACGUUUGCUUUCUAGGUUUCUAGGCUCGUCGGGGGCAAAUAAUUUACAAGACUUGCUACAAUUAAUAAUGCAACGCGGGCUAUGAAACUGGAUCAUGCAUCAUGCAUCAUGCAUCAUGCAUCAUUCUUCUCUGAAGCACCCUUAAUUGAAAUAGGUGUAUAUUAAUUCGGGAAAUUACUAAUGACGGUAGCGCAGGGAGUUAAAGAUUACAUAGGUCCGCUGAAAUUUGGGGAUUGACACGUGGGUCAACUGCAAUGGAAUCGUGUUAAAAAAGUAUUAUUUGGAAACGUACCUAAUUUUGCGUUUAUGGUUAUUGUUGUGCGAUUCGAAAUAGUUUGAAUUCAUUCUUUGGCUCAAUUUAUCGUUAAUCCCUAGUGGGGCAAUGUGCGCGACUCGGAAAAAAUUUUUCAGUGCUAAAAAAAUUAAAGAAAAAUUAGAUGAAAUAAAUAUAUAAGAUUUGCUCAUUCACACAUCUCAAUUAAAUGACUCAUUUCAGUCGAAAUAGGAAGAAAAGUUAUCAAAUCUGAAAUCAAAAACUUUCGAAAAACUAUUUUGUUUGUCUCUGUGUAGAAAUCGGUAGUUGAUAGCAAAUGAGGAAUUCCAGAACUCCUUAUCAGUAUACCGGUUUGUUUCAUAUCAGUCACUUCUAGUGUACAUGUAUUAAUCACUUUAUUUACACAGAGACCCUGGUAUCUUCUAUAUUACUUGUGUGUUUCCCGUUUCCUCUCUUAUAUAUUUCCUCUUAAAUUUAUAAAAUUUGAUCUAAUUGAAACAGUCUUAUAAUAAAUUCUACUCCAGUCGAACGUAACCUAUAUUCAGGGGAUACCCUUGGGAGCAAGGCAAGUGUCCCCUGAAUGGAUGCUUUGCUAAAAUAUAUAUAUUUUUAUUGUGCCUGUCAUGAGAAUCUGCUGCAGUCAUUAUUUAAAGCGGCCAGAUAAUAAUUAAAAAAUCAUGAUUUAAUUUAUGCAAUGAUCUCCGCGAUGUUGUGUGUUGAAUUGCCACAAGUUUAAUACAUUGAUUUGAGCGAAAUAUAGUUCAUAUUUUAAAAGUUGUAGCCAAUUUUACUGGUGAACAGUCGAGCUUAUCAACCUUUUUUUGUGGUCAGUAACUUUUUGAGUAACAAGCGGUCCCCCGAAAGAAGGUUAAAAUCGGGUUUCGGGACCCUGAGAAAGAGCGUCCUUUUCCCCUGAACAGAGGUGUCCCUUCUAAAGCAAACGCAAAGAUUAUGUCUCAACUUUCCAUCGGGACCAAAUUUUGUGUCCACUGAAUAGAGGUGUUCUAAAGGAGAGGUUCCACUGUAUAUCUUGUCCUUCUCCAUUUAUAUUCUCUAACUGUUAUCUUUUAAAGCUGCUUUACUAAAGCAUAAAUGGAGAAAUAGAAUACAAAUACAGUAUAGUACACACAUUCACAUUCGAGACAGUUAUGCAAACCUUCGACUUCGUCUCAGGUUUGCAUAACUGUCUCGAAUUCCCCCAAAAUCUCUCGUGUUUAUAAAAGGCUAUGCAAACACGGAAAACGUUUUCUAUUGCUUAAAUAAUAAAUCAGCCAUUUGCCGUAGUGCCAGCCUUGCAUUCAGUUUUGUUUCAUGUUUAACAUGGGUUUUUCUCGCUUACAAUGUUAGCUUAAGCGAAAAAAAAAAUUGACACAGCAUGUUUCGGAAGAUUUUCCAAGUUUCAACUGAUGAGGGAAUGGGUAUAAAUAAAGUAAAUGUGUGGAGUUUUCAACUCAAAAACGUUUCCAAAUUUGUGAUUGCGUAAUUAGCGCGCCAAAAGCAAAACAUCUUCACGCCACAACCAUGUUUACAUACUCUCAUGCAAACACGCCUAUCGGUCAAUCAGAGCGCGCAUACUAUCUUAGUUAUUUUAUGAAGGCCAAUAAUUAGCCUUCCUCAGGGCCAGAGCUUUACGGACAGAAAAUAUUUUUUAACGGCCCUUAAAAAAUAUUUUCUCUCGGUAUAGCUCUGGCCCUGAGGAAGGCUAAUUUUGUUAGCCAUAUAUUAGUGGCCUAUAAUAAAUCAGCUCUUUGCUGUAGUGCCAGCGUCGCAUGCAGUUUUGUUUCAUUUUAUACACAUCAACUGACGUCUGACUACAUCAUCUUUAAUUAGAGAUCCGGCAAGAGAAACUUGUCAGUAUUAUUUGCGCGUUGCGUGGAUCUCUGCAUUCAAACAGUUUUUCCUAAAUUCUUGUUGUUUGACAAAUGAAAAAAUCUAUUGUCUUUAGAGCCUAUUACAAUUUUUUUAGGGACAAUUGUUCUCUUCUGAGCCACAUGCGCCUGAGACGGUCCUAAAACAUAGAACCUGUUUCUUUCCGUUAUAUAUGUUAUAUAGGAAACUAAUUAUAUUAUAAAGGGAAAAAUGUCAAUAUUAACUCAAAUCACGAUAAUUAAGACAUGGUGUGGCUUUUGACUUCCGCUAAAGACGUUAUUGCAGUUCUAUUGAUGACCUUUUUGCUUCAGCUGAAAGUUGAUUCCAAACUGUCACUUCGAUCGUCACUGUCACUUUCGCUUUUUGUGAGUCGGAGUAGGUGUCCUUCGUUUACUGGCGAAUAAUUUGCAACUGGCUACUCUUCCAACUAACAUGAGAUGCGUUUUAAAUGUUUGUUUGGAAGGUUUACGGAUUGUAUUCCACUUACUGCUAUUUCUUCCGCAUGAAGGUAUGUAUAUAUAUUACAACUUUUAUUUAGGCUAUCAUCGCUCUACAAGAGUCUGUUAAGGUCGAGUAAAACAUACAAAUCUAUGCUGAUUUACGGCUUUCCGUCCAACGCGAACAAUGUACACGACAACCGUUUUAAGACUUAUUAACUUAGCAGAGUAGUAUAGAGAUAGCCUAAGUUCUAAGACUCAUUAUGCCUUUUACAACCUCGCUAAAUUAAGAUGGCGUGCGAAAGAAACAUGAGUGUAUUCGGGGAAUGGUAGGUCAGUCUUAUAAAUAACUUGUAAAUACCCAGUCACCCCUACUUGCUCUAUUCCAAACGUUCCAUACUUAAUUCGUUUCAUGAUAAAACGAACGGCCGUUGAUUAUGGGCCAAAAUUCUGUUGAUCGACAAAAUUGCAGAAAAAAUAUUGUUCUCUAGUGAACAGCCUCGAAAUCAUAAGUUUGUAUGUUUUUGCACCAUUAGCAGACUCAUGUGGACAUUAAACCGGACGUAUUCCAUCGUGUCAUCUAAUCGGAUAAAUUGGACGACCUUGCUUGCGAGACUCGAAGUAAACAAGGAAAUACGGCGACUGUGGUUAGAUGAAAAGUCGGUCACUUAACUCAUAGUUAAUGAAUACUUUUCUUUUAAAGUUUGUAAAAUAUUCAACAAUGAGCCCCUGCAUAAAAACAUUACAAUUACAUGUUAUUCGGAUAAUAAAUUCGUUCUAUACUAUCUGAGACUAGCAUAAGCCGUUACGCCAUUUUUGAAAUAUGUAAAAGAAAAGACCAUGCAUUCCCUACCCCAUAAUGUAGAAUAAGCACAAUUGUGCACAGACGCGGAUCUUAUACGCUUUUAAAUUACCCCUUCUAAUCAUUUUAAUAAUAACCAAAAAUGCAGGAGGUCAGAAUAAUAAGAGCAAGAAUUACAAAUUUGUCUUGCAUUGGCAGUUGUUCUUUCAGUAUGAUGACAGCUAAUUUUUAACCUUUCUUACAGUAAAUCAAAGUUUCACGUCCUCAUAUAACGGAAAUGUUCUUAGAGGAACAGCUGGUUGUUCUGUGAACUUUACUUGGGCCUUCUCAUCAUCGUUUACCAGGGUUGAGUGGGGAUUAGCAGCCACUCCUUAUGCUUUUGAUACUCCGCCUGGGUUGCUAGUGUCUUUUUUUAAAUGCAACCCACUACCAGUUAAACCGCCAGCAGCAUAUACAGGAAGAGUGUCAGGCAGGCAAAGCGGAGGUCAAGUUAUCUUUACUCUUAGAAAUAUUAGCAAGCUUGAUGGAAGGUUGUAUGGCUGCUUGAUUACCGACACAACAGAUCCAGAUGACAAAUCAAGCUUUGAUCACGUCACUCUUGAAGUGGAAGAUGCGCACAUCCUGAGUUAUGCUCGGAGUCACUAGAACUAGACUUUUUCGUAUUAAAAUUCCUUUAGGUUUUAAAGCUGAAAACUGAGCCACAAUUUUUCACAUUAUAACAAUGAACGAUUGUUUUUGGCAAAUGAGCUUUUACUACAAUUGAUUGGGGGAUUAGACGCCAAUGCUGUUGAUUUUGAUACUCCACCUCGAUCUCGCUGACUAUUUAUAGCUAAAGGUGAUGAAAAGAUUGUGGUUCCAGGAUUAGCGAUAAAAAUAAUCCAUUUGAUAACCCAAGCUUUGUCUCCCUCGCCUUUGUUGUCAAAAGUCAGUGCAUUCUUCCGGCGUAGAGUUUUCAAAACCAAAUAAAAUUCUCUAAGCCAAGCCCUUUUUAAAAUAUCUACUUUCCCAUAUAUGGUUAUUAUUCAAAAAAAAAAUUUCACUAAGUUAUGUUUAACCGGCAAAACAUGUACGCUACCAGGAAAAAUCAGGUUCAUGGUGUCCGAUCUGUCCAGAGAGGAUUUAGAAGCGCUUUAAUAAACGAUAUCUUGAUAAAUUCAGUAGCUGUAUAUGUCAAAAUGUUGCGGAUCGCAUAGGUGAUGCGUGAAGGAAUCACAUUUCGAAAUAUUAGAGCACGACGAGAUCAAGAACCAUGUUUACGGCAAACAGCAAACGUCAGAUUCAAUUUGACAAUUUCUCGACAUAGGAAUUUAUUUACUUACUUAAGCCGGGAAUUAUCCCGAGCUGUCCUAAUAAAAUCUUUUCACUCGAGCUGAUUGAGCAUUGCAUCUCUCAUCUCUUUGGUAUUGUCCAGUCCAGGCAGCCUUGAUAGGAACAACAAUUUCCAACAAUUUCCAACAUAGGAAAUGAGCUGAUAAAAACUGUGCCAACUGAUUCUUAUGGAUGAAUCGGGCGUAAAACUACUAUUUUUGGUUGAAAUAAUACCAGCAGUAAACGACAGGCAAAGGGAGAAUUUGGUCACCUGGUACAAAUUUCCGUUUGGCUAAAACUUGAUUCUGAAUCUCUCUAUUUAAAACGGGAGAUACUUCGCGUUGCGAUACAUUACAUUUGUUUCUUUUUUUACUGCCUGUUAGGUGACAUGUAGAUUACUAGAAAGUAAUACUCCAGUACAUGCUCUUAAACAAUUACCCUCACAUUUGUAGAGAGGCCAAUAAUCAUCUCUCCAAAUUCCGUCGAAUUAAGUUACAAUGAAAGGGAGGCUGUUAAUAUCAGGUGUGAGGCCAUAGCCAAACCAGAACCAGACGUGAGAUGGAUCCAUCAUGGACAAGUGAAGAGUUAUGGUAAUAAAACAGCUGAGUUAACUUUUAAGACAAUCACCAAAUCAGAUGCAGGAGUGUAUACAUGCAGAGCGAACAAUUCUGCAGGAACUGCAGAAAAGAAAUUAAGACUAGCAAUAAAAUGUAAGUAUAUACACUGUAGUACAACUCAUCAUUUCUUAUUCAUUCUUGAUUUAUUAUUUAUAUGUUACAAUUAUUUUUGUAAAAAAAAAAAUCAACGUUAGUUGAGGACUGUUUAACCACUCUGAUAUUACAACCUGAAAAUAUAAUGUUGUAGAAAUUGUUUACUCCUUUCAUAGCCUCUACAAGUUAAUUGUGGAAUGCAAUAAAUGAGGCAAUGCAAAUACUAAAGUAUUUUGUCAGUCACAGAUAUGGAAAACUUGAUUCCCUAAAUGCUGCAUGAAACUAGUAUAUACAGUUUCUCAAACCUAAAUGUAAACUGUAUAUUAUGUUGCAUAUAAUUACUGUCAUUACAGAGAUAUGUCAUUGCCCCAACCCCGACGGAAUCUAUCUCGCUGUGUUUUUUUUCCCUGGCCAUGGUUAUUGGUUUCCUGCAGUAGAGAGCUGAUGGCUCGGUACUCAAUCUAUUGAAGCUUAGGGCGAAAAACAUGCUUCCAAAAAAUAAAAAAAUAAUAAAUAGAUAAAAAUAAUAAAUAACGAGCCGUCUAACUCAGUAAUGCAGAGAGACCUCUACGAAGGAUAGCGUUGACUAGCUAAACGAUACCUAUGGGAAAAAAAAACGAGGAAAAUCUAACACCCUCCACUCCCCUUCGGGCCAUAUAUUUGCUGUGCAAAACUGAAAGCUGAUUGUCGAGUUACGGCUGUAUCAGUGGAAAUAUCCGCUUCUUUUAAAAUUGCUUGGUUUUUCACGCUUACUAAAAAGGGGUUUGCUACAGAAUAUACCAGACUCGACAUUAUGCGAUUUUUAAACUCACUUAGAACUCAACCUACAGAAUUUGGUUUCUGCCUCGUUAUGUUGCUAAUUCCUCUUUUAGGUAAGUGAACAAGGGCGAGUUACAUUGAUCUUACACUUGAACAAAUUAAAAUACAGAGAACGGGCAACACUUUAACGCUUGCACAUGGUAAAUACCUACAUUUAAUACAACGGCUUAAAAUAUAAUAGCCUCAUACACAGUGUGCUUCGUCACGCAUUUCGUCGGUAGAGGAAUAAUAAGGAGUUUUAUCAGCGACGACGGCGACGGCAACGAGAACGUUAAAACAGCAAUAGGUUACAAGUUUGGACGUGCAUCACGCUUUUUGUACAUUUUUUUUUUGUCGUUACCGCACGACUACGACGUGAAAAUGGCAAAUUUCACGUUUUAUGAAGGAUGUAAACAGGCGACGACGAAAUUUUCUUUCUCUUUUCAAACUUGAGUGCGGUCCCCAAGAAAUCAGCUCCAGGGAAAUUAGCCUACAUUAGACAUUGUCCGCGAAUUGGAAUAAACGCGAAAAAGUUUGAAAAACGCUAAUUCGUUUUAAAAGUGACGUCUUCACUGCCGUCGCCGUCAUCGGUGCUGGCUAAAACUCCCUAAUGACGAAAGAUGAACCCUUAGCAGGUCCGGUUACUUCUAAAGAUUGUAGGUAGAUAUCAAUGUCAAUCUUCAUUUGCAUAUCAGGCCCAUGUUUCAACCUUAAAUAACCCUUAUUGAGUUUAUUAUUAGUUAGUGUAAUAAAAUUCUUCUUAGUUCUUGGAAAAAUUAGGCCAACAUGACGGGGAGAACUAUAAAAUCCAUAUUCUAUUCUUAAAUAAACAAGGUUUUUUAACCAUUACGACAUCUUCAAAAAGUUUUUGCUUAUCCUCAGACAAGAUUCAGCACAAAUUGACAAAAAGGCAAUGACUAUUAAAAAAUGGUUUUCAUGACCAUCUGCCCAAUUUUGCAAAAUUGCCGCUGCCGGAAGAAGGAUUCUACAACAAUUUUAUUUCAUAAAUGUGUGACAUUGUCCACAUUUAACAAGUCAGUAAAGCUAUUUGGGCUUCUUAAGCAUAAGACGAAUAAUUUUCAAUACAUAUAUAUUUAAGCGUUCUUGCUUCAAAUUAUCCUUUUUUACGUCUGACUUUUUUGGCCUCCGUAGGCAAACGUUUUGAUAUCCUUUGCUUCUUGAACGCAGUUAGCAAAAUACAGUUUAAUUUUGAAAUAUCAAGGACGGACAAUAAGAGGCUUGAUUGGUUCUUCUGUAAAAUUUACCUGGAGAUUCUCAGAAGACGUCAUUUCGGGAAUUGAGUUCAGUUGAUUUCAAGAGAACUAAUGCAGCCAUGGUAGAAAAAAAAAUGGGAAAAUAUCACUUCUAAAUACCGUUGGAAAAACAGAGUAUAUUUAUAUCAAAGUUAUUCUGGGCGGGUGACUGGAAGACGUAAUGGUAAAUGGUUAUAUCUGCUCAGCGACUAGUAUUUACUUUGAGGGGAUCUGGUCGUCGGUGUACGGAUGGCGGCCCACUGUUCCAGGACUAUGACGUCUUCCAUGCGUGUUCGGGAUCAAGCGUUACUAGUGUGAUAAACAAAUUCUUCUUUUAGCAUAACAUGUUACUGAAACAUGUAAGCCUACGCUUUAUCGGAACGAAACGAAGGGGAGUUAACAUUAGCAUACUAGGAUCACUAGGGCGCUAUGCAAUAUUAGUUUACAUAGUUUAUCAGGCUCUCUCUAUAUGAUUGACCUCACACUAAUUCAGGCUGUAAUCGUUCGCUUCGCUUGAAUCUGACGGUAUUUUUCUAAUGUAGUUCUUCUAAAGCUUAGGCACUGAACAGUUGAUUUUCAGGCCUAGUGUUGUAAGUUCUUUGUAGUAAAGUGAAUUUACUACAAUGUAAUUGUAAGUUAUGAUUUCAACAUUUCUGUUGAACUGAAUUCCUUGACGGAAUUUUAGUUGAAUGUUUUGAAAAUCGCUCACGCAAAUCUUUCUUUUUGAGCUUUUUUUAAGAAACGGUGUAGUGCAUUCAUGCUUUUUGUGGUAGUUUCAUCCUGUUUUCAAACUAUAUUUAUGCUCUUACAUUCGAUUUUUUGCACUUUUAAUUUAACAGUGUACUCCAGAUUUUUUUCCUUGUCACCAGUAGCUUUUUUUCACAUUCAUGCUUUCUUUUUAUGGUGUACUUUUAAAAUUGUUGCUUUUCUACUUUAGUAUUUAAAACACUAAUUUUCUGUAUAUUUUAAACGAAAUUUGAAAUACUUCAAAUAUUGUUUCAAUACCAAUUCUUACCAGUUUAAAAAACCGUCAGUCCAAAAAUACAUUGAAAUACGCUUUUCAUUCUAUUUAAAACCUAUUUGACAAAAUGGGUUAAAAUUGAGGGAUACACUUUUGAGGGGCUAUAGAUGUAAUUAGUUAUGCGUGAUGACACCAAACACAAUUUCUUAUGGAAACACGAGAAAGGAAGUUCAAAUUUCACAGGAAUUUAGAGAACUCGUCAUGCCGAAGAUUUCAUUUUGUGAAACUUGAAGCUUUUGAAGUUUAUUCUGGGACUCCCAUACGAACAUUUUCUUUGGAUUUAUUUCAUAUAUUAAGUUAUUACAUUUAUAGCCCUCGAAAAUCUUCUGGUACAAGGUUUUGUCCAUUGAAAAUUAAAAUUACUCAAAUUCCAAAUGGAUUCCGUCUUAAAAAUAGUGUUUGAUAUGAUAAAUGGAGACAACUGGAAACUUAACCGUCAUUUAUUUCACUGACGGGCCUAAAAUUAACCUAUUUCCUUCCGUCUUUAAAACAAUGAGUAAUUAAUGAUGUGACAGCUGACUUCCGCUAACGAUGCUAUUUUAGUUGCACUGACCUUUAUGCUUCCGCUGGAAUUUGAUUCCAAUCUGCGUCGGUACAGCUUCGCCUUUUGUGAGUCGGAGUUACUGGCAAAUAAUUCUUCACUGGCCACGUUUGCAACGAAUAUCAGAUUCGCGAUGUAUAUCAAAUGUUGGUUUGGAAGCUUUACGGAUUUUAUUCUACUCGUACUGAUGUUUCUUCCGUUUGGAGGUAUGUGUAUAUUAUUACAGUAUGUUUUAUUUAGGCUAUCUAUCGAGUCUGUCUAGGCCGAGUAACAGCAUAUAAACCUUAUUAUGCAUUUACGGCUUUUCGUCCUCACACAAACGAUGUACAUGUACACGACAAUCGUUAACGCAUAAGUUCGUAUAUGCCUUUAAAUAACAUAGCCUAUUAAUUUUUGACGUAUCACUGAUGCUUAGGAUGGCAUGCGAAAGAUACUUAUGUCAGUCGUAUAAUUUGUCAGUCGGUCCUUGUCACUUGGUGAAGCGUGGACCUUUCCUGACCUCCCUUCCCAAUUUUAGGAUUUAUUGGAGUGGUGUGGACCAAAUCCUGAGUUUGGCAUUGUUCCGCUACUUAUUGGGCUUUUACUUCCACAUGUCACUUAAAGGGGCUAUGUCAGCUGGAGAGCAUGCGCGCUGAGGCUAUGCAAAUUACUGUCAAAAUUCUAUUGCUUUUUACGCGUCACUUUCUCUGUCACGUCCAAGGCUCCGAAAUUUACAGAGACAUUUACAAGCGAAUUGGGUUUGGAUAAGGGAUAUUUUGAUAGUAUUUACGGAACGUUUCCUCUCUGUUUAUGCUACAAUAUUGUAGGUCAAAUUCCCUCAAUUUCUUCCUCAAGAAUAAAAGUGUUAAGACAAAUUUACUUGUAGUUUUGAAGUAAAAACGCAUGCCAUUCAUAAAAAUAGUGAGCACAAACAAAAAUUCAACAACAGAAUAUUGUCGUACUCAACAAAAUAAAUCAAAGUUGUAUUAUAAACGACCUACAAAAGACUCUAGACCAAACAUAAAGGCCAAGACUGUUUCAAUGUCAUUAACAAUUAGACUUGUCUGUCACUACCGAUUUUUUAAUUUAGCCCCUAAAAGAACAAAAGGGACGCUGUUUUUGAUGUCUUUGUGUUGAUCUUAGGGUAACACACAUUGAUCGCACAUAAUUGUUCGAUCGUGCCGAAUCACUGCGACGUCGAGAAAAACAGAACCAAGUAUCAUUGGUAUAUUACUCCACUGAAAGCAGUCCGUCAAUAAAGUAAACUCUGCUAUUUUCCAAAAAAAUAUACUCGAACUCAAACAGUUCAAAAACGUGGCAUUCACAGGAUCUAAUUCGUACUGAACGGAUUCUCAAAAAAGAACGCUGACGUUGAAAGUAUGUAUUCGGAUUCCAGUUGUUUUCUGACAAACGUAUUCACAAUACCAGCAUGACUAACCAUAAUUUUUGGUAUUGUAAAAUUUUUUUGGUGAUUUAGGAUAGAGUUUAAAAAAUCACUGAUGCAAAAUAUACAAUUUGCUGGUUGUUAACUUUAAGAGCAGAGUUUUAUAAAAGAUCACAAUUUACUUUCACUUCUUUAAUUGGUCCUGCUUUCUCUUAAAUAAAGUCACGCGCGCUGCUUCACACAUGAAAAUGCAUCAGUUUGCUUUUGUCCAAAAAUGCCCCACACCAACGUUCACUGCCUUACCCCUCUCCCCACUAAACGUCCAGUUGACGUUAAGCGGGGAAAAAUUGAAUAUGCCGACGGCCCCUUAAUAAAACUUUGACAAGCGUAAGACAGUGUAGCUAUUAUUUUCAGACUCUUAAACAAUGGCUGCCGUCACAUCUGGGCUACUAACUAUAGUUAACGUUAAGACGGUGAUAACUAUAGCUAUUUCGGUAAUGAGACCGCUUCUCUGUUCCCUCUAACUAUAGUUAGAAAAUUUACGCCUCAGUGAUCCAAAACAAUACUGACUAACUAUAGUUAUACCCCAGCAGGGUUCGUGGGUUAGUCUUAAGUUUACAAACGAACAACCAAUCAGAAAGUGAAGCGAGGGGGAAACCAAAAACAACAAACAAAAAAUUUACAUAGGCAAAUUAGAACUAACUGUUGUUAACUGCGUGGUGUGACCGCAAUGUCGACCGAAAGCAUUAACUACAGUUAGGUAUGACGUCACGUAACUUGACACUAACUUAAGUUUGACUUUAGGGCCUGUUUACAUGGAGGUGGGGAACCCCAGAUAGGUGAGGUAAAAUGCGGCAGGUCACCUCACCUAUCAUGUAAACGUGAUCAAAUUAAAAUGAGAGAUUAUAUGGACAGGAGGGUUACCCCACCUAAGCGGGUUACCUCAUCUUCGUGGGGUGCCCAACCUCCAUGUAAACAGGCCCUUAGACCCUGUUUAUAUGGAGUGGGGGACCCCGGUUUAGUGGGGUAGGUUUCUUUUGUUUUGUGUCCCCCAGAGCGUGAAAACAAAAGAAACCAACCCCACUAGACCGGGGUCCCCCACUCCAUGUAAACAGGCCCUUAGUUACGUCGUAGAUGUUGCCGCAGCCAAUGACUACACUUGUAAAUUACAAGUGUAAAUUUUUAUUACGUAGGCCUCAUAAAACAAUGGCUACACUUGUAAAUUACACUUGCAAAUCUUUAUUAAUUGACCCGAGGUCUGAGUCACCAAACGAAAAUACUUCCAAGAAUUUACUUCCAUAUUUUGGUUCUUGUACGCAGUUGGAAAAAUACAGUUAAUUUUACCAUAUCAAGGUCGGACUGUAAGAAGCUUGAUCAAUUCGUCUGUCAACUUUACCUGGAGAUUCUCAGGAGACGUUGCGAGCAUUGAAUUUGGUUUCAAGACAACUAAUGCAGCCGCAAUAGAGACAAAUGGGAAAAUAUUAGUUCUAAAAGCCUUGGGAAAAACGGGAUAUGUACAUCAAAGUUAUGCUGGACGUGUGAGUGGAAGCCGUACUGGUAACUCAUCCUCUGGUCAAGUCAUCUUCAGUCUCAGUGGCAUUACGCUGAAUGAUACAGACACUUAUGGGCGUCAAUUGUAUGCAAACAAUGCGCGAGAUAGUGAUCAAUUUGAUUAUGCCAAACUGAUUGUCGAAGGUGAUGUACACAUUUUUCAUACAUAUAUUUUCGAGUUGGGGCUCCAGUUUUGUGGAGGUAGAAUUUUUCAGUGAUGUUUAACAAAAUAGUUUUUGUAGAUGAAUAAAAAUUAUUCACCGAAGUGGAGGUGGCUAGUGGUGAAGAUUUCCCGAGCGGCCUGCUUAAAUAAUUGUUUUAGUACGUACUAAAACAGUGAGAUAAAUGAGCACAAAAACGAUGAAACCAAUGAUUAUUAUUGCUACCAACGAUUACAAUUUUGGCUCGCAAUGAUCAAACGGCCUUCACGUUUUCUCGCCGACACAUGCAAAUAAAACUGUUGAAGGCAAUUGAUUAGCUUUUGCGGGGAAAUUUCUUCCAAAAGAAUGACCAGGAAUUGCCGAUUUUUCUGUUUUUGUAACCAUUCUGUUUAAACUCCCAUUUAAUUUAGAGCCCGUUCACACGUAUCCGGAUAUUUUUGAAUCCGCAAGUUUUUCUUUCCAGAUGAGGUUUCCGCCCACAGCUCGAAUCCGGUGUAUCCGACAUACCAAUCCCCAACGUUUUUGAAUGCGGAAUCGAGUGUUAGCUAAAUUAUCUGGAAAUAUGUAUAUAUAUAAUUUUUUAUCUAGUGACUUCACAAGAUAGAGCCCAGUUGUCUGCCGUGAAUAUUCAAGACGGUGCUGAGCGCAAUGUUAUUGCUUCUUUUCUUUUUGGACUUCAGUUUUAAGUCUUAUAACUUGUCUGCAGUUAAACCUAGCAAUGAUUACUGUACAUUUUGAAGCUUCUCCUCAUUGGCGGACGGAUGAAUUUGAUGCCGUAAAGAAGUUAAACGAGCGAUAAAAUGAGAUAAAAUUUUGUCAUAAGCCGAAGAUCGCUUUCCAAAUUAGCUAAUGAACUGCGAGUUCAUCUGGAUCCGUGAGGACGGACAAAUUCGAGUUGAAUACGGAUACGUGUAAACGUGGAAAUUUUUUAUUCUUCAAAGAAAAUUUUGCGCAUUCAAAAAUUUGCGGAUGGAUUGCGUGUGGACGGGGCCUUAGUGUUAAGCUUAUUUAUGAACAUGUCAGCUAAAGAAGGUAACGGAAGACUCAAUGUUCAUUUAUAAACAAAGAACUGAGUAGCCAAUCAAAGCACGGGAAAACACUAUCCACUGUUUUAGUAUGUAUUAAAAAAAUUGUGUAGCUACAGAAUAGACGUCAUGUUCAAUAGAUACUAUGAUCAAUAUCAAAAUGCGCAGAAAACGUUAUUUCAUGUUCUAUGACAUCGGCUGGGAGUCAUUAUUAAGCAUUUGAAAAAAUAUGCAUGCUUUCAUGCAAAUUACUUUUUAAUGUAAUGAAAUAUAAUUUUUUUCAGUACGUCUUAAUUCUCUUAUGACUUUGACGUCAUUUGAUUGCACCUAAACUACGCAAAUUCUCCUCCCCCCGUCAACUAAAUUUGCGAACCAGACCUUGAUCACGAAGAAUUCGAACCAUAAUUUGUUCCUACCCUGCCAACAAGCCAUCCUCGCUGCCGCCAGAAACUGGUAACUCAUGCAAUGAGUUAACAUUUAAGCUGUUAUCGAAUUCUUAGAGCCACAAAGAAUCACACAUCCGAUGGCAGCAAAUAUAAGUUACAAUCAAGGGAGUCCAAUGCAAGCUGUAUUGCAACAGGGACACCAGAAUCAGAUGUGGCGUGGAUCAAUAUCCUUAACACUCAAGUUAUGAGUUCUAGAAUAAAAAAGACUUACCUUACUUUCAGUUCGAUAAGCAAGGCAGAUGCAGGAGUAUACACAUGUAGAGCCAACAAUUCUGCAGGAAGUGUUGAAAAAGCACUUGAAAUUACUGUUAAAUGUGAGUAUAUUACUGAGUAGAACCCAACAUUCCAAAUACUAUGACGACAUUUCUUGGGACUUCAUCACGCGUUGUCUUCUCCAAUGUUGACCUGCUUUGAAUUUUUAUCAAAACCAUAUGCAUGUUGAUUUUCCCGUGCUAUUUUAGCUCAGGGUCUUUCUUUUUGUGCCUUACUAAUGUUUGUUUUUGCUCCUCUCUUUUAAAUUUGAUUGUAGCUGUUGCUUGGCUCUCCUCGACCGGCAUUGCAUCCGCAAAUUAUUAACCUAUAUAACCUCAGGAUUCAAACACAUUAAAGGAGUGGAAUAGCAUUGGUACCCGUACGAGACAUGUGUCUGACUUUCUCUUUUUUUCUUCAGCCUCUCCCGAGGGUGUGAAUAGGUUUUUGCGUUAUUUGCGCAUAAAUUUGUUUGCUGUUAAAUUGGCCAAUUUUUUUAAUGUUUACUGUUUUCUGAGGAAAAACUGUAAAAUGUUCGGAGGUUUUUUCGUGAAAACACCUAUCGUCUUUUAGCUUUGUCAAUAAGAAUUAUUCUUAUUUGCUCUUGGAAAAUCCAUUAUUGAGCCUGUGCUUAAAGGGGCAGUAGUCUCUUUUGUCGACCCAUGCUCAACAAUAUUCUGAGAAACCUGUGGAAUACUGGGGACUAAUUUCUUAUCAACUGCUCACGAUCUUUUGGCCAGCGUCGAGGGCGAGGUCGAAACAUCACGGCGGCAUCGACAGGUUUUCCCUCUGGUGUUGUUUAAGUUCCAGUAAACUUUCAAAGAAGCGGAUCGGAUUCUUCAUAUGAAAGGCGUGGAAGCAGGUUCACUUUUGACCGCUCAAAGCAAUCCAGCUUGGUAGCCUUCAAGAAAAAUCUGACAGAAUUUCUUGGGCUUAAGGAGCUUUCAUUGAAAUAUUAUCUGCACAAUGUAAACAAAAUACAUCUUUCAUAUGUGAUAAAUAUAAGAAAGAAAUAAUGUCGAAAAUUUUCGUAUUUCUCCUCUGACAUCUUAGAAAGUCUACAGACAUCCUCGGUGGUCUUCUGACAUCUUUGGUUGUCUUCAAAAUCUCCAGCCUUCUUCCGCAAUCUUUGGAGGUCUUGGCAAAUCUUCUGAAAUAAUCGGAAAUUGUCCAAAAAUGGCCGAAAACUCCUUGGUGUACUAUACAAAAUAGAAUAUUGGCCUUUUUGGAGCGUUUUUUGUUUCUUUUUGGAAAAAGUUUACUGCUACAUUUAAUUUUUCACUGUUAGUGUCAAAAUGCCUAAAAUUUAACUGUUUCAAGUUAGAGAGCCCCAAAAAAGUGUUAAGUGUUACCGAGGUACCCCCAUUCAGACUGUGGUGCUAUUUAACACCAGCAACACCGGCUUGAAUGAGUAAAGUUAAAUGUGGUUUACAUGUUUUCCGAGCGGUUGUAUUUGAUGAACAUAAGGCAAUUGAUGUCGUUAUUAAAGAUUUUAUAAGAUGUUAUCAGUGCUCUGAUAUGGUGGGGAAUCUAUUCGACAAUAGCGCCACACCGUAAAAAUAAAAUGGAUUGGGUCAAAAAAAAAAAAUCAGUACAUGGCUCGGCGCUUGGCCAGAGAGAAUAUGUUUUCUUUGUCUCUAAGUUCAUCGUCUGUGAUGAGAGGUGUAAAUCAGCUCUUGUUUACAGUUUUAAACUUUAGUAGUUCAAUUUAACUGUCUUGCUUCUGGUAAAAGGUCAUCCCAGCCUAGACUUGUUCGCGUGUCAAAACGUGAAUGUUUAUUAGGUAUAGAUUUUAUUAGUUUUAAAGUUUAUACUAAACACUUUGUCGUUGUAAGUUUUAACACAAUCGUAUGUGACCUCAACUCGAUUGCUGCUUGGAGAUAAACACCGGCAAGGGGUGGUCACUGCCAGAUCAUAUAAGUAUAUUACAAGUGCUUUGAGAUCGUAUUUUGUCGACCAGAGGGCCUAACCCUUUGCAGGUGGCAGCAUCGUCUCAGAUAUCUUAAAACCAUUAAUGGUUGUCUGACAACCCGACAACCAAAGUCGCCCAACCAACUAAAGCAAACUAACUUGGUCAUCCAUACUCCACUACGUCAUCCACUGAAGAAAACUUUAACAGCAGGAGGUUGGGGCGGGGUUUCAGCACUGGCGUGAUCAGCACAUCAGAAGAAAGUUCUAAGGAGAAGAAAGAGAGAAGAACAUUGAAUAUUGCUUGGAUGAUGGCGCAAAAAUGUACAUUGAAGAGCGGGCGAAAGCAUGUUUAUCUAUCAAGAGAAGUUUAAAUCCUUUCUUGUUUCUACAUACUUGACACUAGAGCAGAUAUAAUUAUAUAACAGACACGACGGUUGCUGAAGUCUCUAUUAACAUUUACAUAAAAUAUGAUGAAGCCUUCCUGUGUGGAUCUCUUUCUUGCCUUACAUGCAGUGUGCCAGUGCGACGAUGCGACGACUCCCGAAUAAAUAAAAAGUUACAAUUCGUGCCUAUUUCUUUACUUUUAUUUUAUGAGAGGCGAAUUUUUAUGCCCGCUUGAAUACCUUAUUUGCAUGUUAAAAAAUAUAAUAUACAAAUAAAUAUAAAUUAUGAAAUAAUAAAUGGCAUUUUAGCAUAGUUCAAAACCCUUAUAGGUGGUAAGAAUGAUUGAUGAUGUGAUUAUAAUAGUUUUUUUUUCCGUUGAUAAUUGACAGAUCCAGCCGUCAUACAAGGUCUUACUUCGUCCACGUCAAUGUCUUGCAUUGGGCACACUGUAACGUUAACUUGCAAGUCAGAUGCUUUUCCAAUACCAACGCUCACCUGGUACAAGCCUGAUGGAACUAACUUUAAUGUGGUCAAAGCUACUGAGAGCACCGUUCUCUUGACAAUGAAUUCGAGUGUAGAUUUUGGACUCUAUAACUGCACAGCUGAUAAUGGG